AACAUCUAGCUAAUCUAACUAGAGAAAAUUAGCACUAAUAAGGAAUUGUUUAGUUUAGUUUAGUGGGUUGUCAGAUGAUUCCGCAAGAAAAUGGAUUGCGGAGAAUUAGAGACGACUGAAGCAUAUCAACUGACUAUAGAUGAUUUGCCUAAUGAGGAUUCACCGGAUAUCGAUAUUUGGGCACCUACGAGGAGAUAGCCUGGUGUUCGAGCGCAUAGUAUCCUACCUGACCGUUGAAGACUGCAAAGUGGCAUCCCUGGUGAACUACCGAUGGUCUCAGCUCUGCUUCUCACCCAUUGCUCUCGCAAAUGUCCAGCUGGAAAUCAACUGCGCUGUACUAGAAGCUAGCGACUAUUGGACCGUGUUGGAGAGCAGCUGUCGACCUUAUCGAAACCUGGUACUCAAAUUCGCUUCCGACGAUGCGGGUGAUCUGUUGAAGAUUCUGGGCAAGUUCCAAUCUAGCUGGGAACGGAUCACCAUCGAGCAGGAUGCCGAUGCGAAACUACUGCGCACUGAAAUCUCUGUUGGAUUCUUGUCACGGAUGCUGCAGGCAUUUUCCAACGUGAAGCAGCUAACUAUCAAGACUGUCAUCGAGCUUUCCGAUCCAAGUUGUGAAACGGAUCUUCCACAACUGAACCGCGUUGAAGCCAUCUGCUUGUAUAAGAACUGCUUUGACGGAGACUUAAUCGCAUGGACGCGAAUCUGUCCUAACGUCAAAUACAUAGGAGUUCCCCUACAGGACGGCCGAGAUGAAUUCCCCCGAAUUAUUCAGCAUUUCUCUCAUCAAAUUGAACAUCUGUCCAUUGAUGCACGUUUCAUCGAACGCGACUCGCUCGAUUUUGUCCACGAGGAUUUUCCGAGACUGAGGAAGUUUCGCUUACUAUAUCCCAUUAGCAACUCUGCAGCAACCGUUAACCUGGUUAGGUCGUUUAUCAGUCGGUGCUCGAACCUGACGGAAAUAAGCUUGUUCACCAACGUCAUUUCCCAGGAAACCCUGCAAACAAUCGCCGAGAGUUGCACCCAACUCCAAGUCGUCAGCUUGGACACCAACGAAAUCCCCCCUUCUACCUUCUCAAUCCUAUCGAAACUUCCCCUCUUGAAGCAGCUUAUUCUGCAAAAAAUGACAGUCGAACCUGCGAUGAUCACUUCGGUCGCAACCUUUCCGGCUCUUCGCCGGUUGACGUGCCUGUCGAUAAGGAUCAACUGUCCGGAGGCGUUCUUCCAGCAGUUGCACAAAAAGAUGCCCCGACUGACCUGGCUGGAGCUGUUGGAUCGCUUCCGCUACGGUUUCAGCAAUUUUAACCAAAACGGAGUGGUAGACGCCAUCUGUGUUCACAUGGCGAACCUACAGCGGCUUGCGUUGGUCGAUUGGGCCACCCUGGAUCUGUCCAUUUUCCAGAAUCUCAACAUGCUGACGAAUCUCACUGAAUUCAGACUGAAAUGCAUCGGAUUGAACGCCAACAGAACUAUUCCUUGCUGUGCUGGAGUGAAGAAGCUCGUGCUGGAUGUCGAUACGCUCAAACCUUCGGACACGAUCCCUCCCAAAUGCCACUUGUCCCUUGCGGACUUAAUCUCCCAGGGAUUCCCCGGUGUGAAAAGCAUCGAACUGUCCCAUCAACUCCUCGACAGAACCAUCUCCGAACGGGAAAUAGCCAUCCUUCGAUCCGUCCUGACCGAUUGUGCAUUUUAUCGCCGGAAGCGUGUCCCAAUGACCGACAGGGAUUACGCCGCAUUGCUCUAA